AUGACACAUAUGCGGAAACACCACAUUCUCCUCUCAGCGCCUCCAAAGGCCAAGGGUGUAACAAUAAAUUCGGACGUUGAGCAAAAGAUCAUAUUCAAAGCCAUGAAAAAGAUGGUGGACGAGAAGUUGAACAGAGUGACGGAAGAAAGUAUGGAAAAUUUCGAGUAG